UUUCGUUUCCGGCUCUGCGAAAGUAUUUUGUGGACUCGAUUCCGCUGCGUCUUGCAUCUUGCAUUCUUUACAUCUCUCACGAGCAUAUCUUCUGCGCUCGAUUGUCCACGGCUCCCAGCCAGAUCGAUGAUAUUGCUACACAUUGUUAUCUUCGACUCUAAAUGUAUCCAAGCACUCAAUAUCCCGCUCCCCGGCAUACGCGACGUCAUGCUCGUAAUCAAAGAUUACGUAGUCAUCAUCCAUCAGCGCCACUUUCAACAUCGACCAACUUCCUGAACGAUCCUGUCAUUCAUUCAGUGGCAGCGAAUAUUCCUCUUCCAAUACCGACAAAGAUACACGCGUCACGAACAGCACCAGCUGUGCGAACACCACGCCCGUGUCCCAACCUCCACCUGCAUACCAUGAGAGCUCAAACGCAUGAAUGCUGUUACUCUGCCCUUGCUCAUGAGUUGAAAAUCAUGAUUGUCGAGGAAAUUGUCCGAGUCUUCACCAGUCAGCACUGCUUUAUCCAGCUGCGUUUCAGAACACUCACCGCGCACCUGGAGAAGAAAAGCAAGGUGGAAGCCAGAGAUCCGGGGGAAUAUCAUUCAACUGAAGAUCCAAAGGCAGAUAGGUAUUAUCUCAUCGCCAAUACUCCCAACCCUUUGCCACUGUCGAUCUGCCGACUGAGUCGGGAGGAAGCAAUGAAGUAUUACAAGCGCCUUGACGAGCCUGGAUGUUAUAAAGGUCGCUCACGCAACGAAUACAUGGCUCCAAUCUAUAUAUACCCGGACCAUGAUACCAUUGUUUUCUGUCCCGUUAAGUAUUUUGGAGAAUGGAGAUGUGGAAACUGGGGUGUUUUUCCUUGUCCCAAUUAUGGCACUAGCACAGGCUUCAAACAACUACUCGGAAGCGGCUGUUAUGAGCUACAAUUCUUCUUGUUCAAGGCCAUGCUAUUCAAUCUCAUGAGGGACAAUCUUAUUAAGACUCUGGCCAUACGCCCAGGAGAAGGACCCUACUGUAUCAACGGAGUUCAUUGUUGUACUAGAUCAAGGUUUUUCCACAAGAACUGGACGAGAUGGAGUUUCCAGCUGAGAGAUUUCCUUGGCUUGGAAAAGCUUAUCAUCUUCCAUGAAUACCAUUCUCCGUUCAGAGCGUCAAGUGGUCAUCGCGUACCACACUGGGAAUCAAUUUCUCGAUUCGAAGAAGGCUUAAGGGCCAGAGCACGCCAUGAUGUUGGUCUACACGAUAAUCGUAUUUCCAAGAUUCUUGUGGCAGACAGCCGGUGUAUGCCAGCACCUGGUGAGCAUUUCGAAAUGACGGAGGAGAACCUCGCUGCGAAAAAGUUAAGAUCAUUAGGCAAUGAAUGGAAAGUGAGGGUUCCAAGAAUCUCUGAGAAUGUGUACGGACUGCUAUGAGAGCAAUGAUAGCAAUCCUUGUUUCCAAAUAUGUUUAGAGAGUCAAAUGAAAAGAAAAAUGAUCACUCA